UUUACCUAUUUGUUUAAUCUGCCAACAAGCAUGGAGGAGCCCCGCCGAAGAGAGUCAACCCCCACAAACUCCGCCCAUGCUCCUCCGCUACUUCACACCCUUAAGCCAUCCCGCUGGACGGUUCCGAACCGUGUGUUUGCGGCGGUUUAUAUUUAUGCCAUCACAGCUUUGUUCUACCGCCAUUUACAGACACUCCACCACUCCAAAACUCUUGUUUCUAUCACCGUAACCCUAGCCUUGUUCGUCUCCGAUCUUAUUCUGGCCUUCCAUUGGGUUAGCGCACAGUCUUUCCGCGUGCGUCCGGUUCACCGUAAAGAAUACCCCGAGAACAUCGAGAAGUUGUUGGAACCGAGUGAUUUCCCCGGGUUGGAUGUUUUCAUUUGCACGGCGGAUCCGUACAUGGAGCCGCCGACGAGAGUGGUGAACACGGCUUUAUCGGUGAUGGCCUACGAGUACCCGACGGAGAAGAUCUCGAUCUAUGUAUCGGACGAUGGAGGAUCGGCUCUCACUCUCUUCGCUUUCAUGGAAGCUGCUAAAUUUGCCGCCCACUGGUUACCUUUCUGUAGGAAGAACGAGUUAACGACAAGGAGCCCCGAUGAAUAUUUUGCAUCAAAUUAUUCACCAAGCUCUGAAACCGGCAAGAUUAAGAUAAUGUACGAGAGCAUGCGAGAGAGAAUCGAAAACGUUGUUGAAACCGGAAGAAUCCAUGAUGAAUACAUAACCAGGGACCAAGAUCGUCAGGCAUUCACUAAAUGGACUACUUAUCAAGGAUUCACCCGUCAAAACCAUCCCUCUGUGAUCCAGGUUUUGUUGGAAGAAAACAGAGACAUUACAGGGCAUUGUUUGCCGAACUUGGUUUAUGUCUCUAGACAGAAGAGCCCCACAUCUCCUCACCAUUUCAAAGCUGGUGCCCUCAACGUCCUGGUUCGGGUGUCGGCUGCGAUGACAAAUGCACCGGUAAUUUUAACCUUAGACUGUGACAUGUAUUCGAAUGAUCCUAGGACACCCUUCCGUGCUCUGUGUUAUGUGCUAGACCCUGCUGAAAUCCAGAACCGAUUGGCCUUUGUUCAGUUUCCUCAAGAAUUCCAUGGUCUAAACGAAAGUGAUAUUCAUGGUUCCGAGCAUAGACGUUUGUUUAAACUCAACCCUUCCGGUCUUGACGGACUAUCCGGACCAAAUUAUCUCGGAACCGGUUGUUUUAUUCGCCGGCGAGCUUUGUUAGGUGACCCGUCGACUUUGGUUCCACCCGUAAUAAAGGAAAUAAGUCCAGAUCAUAUUGCAAACAAUCCCAUUACUGCUCCAUUGGUUCUCGAAUUCGCUCACAGAGUUGCUGGAUGCAAUUAUGAAAACCAGACCGAAUGGGGCUCUACGAUUGGUUUUAGAUAUGGGUCGCUGGUGGAGGACUUCUUCACAGGUUUUAGACUGCAAUGUGAAGGGUGGAUGUCCAUAUUCUGCAACCCUGAAAGGGCUGCAUUUCUGGGAAAUGCACCCAUAAACUUCCGCGAUUUUCUUGGCCAGAACAAGCGGUGGCAAAUCGGCCUCCUCGAAGCGGCUUCUUCACGAUACAGUCCAAUAACUUUUGGUGUUAAAGCUAUGGGGAUGUUCAUGGGGUUAAGCUAUUCAUUCUAUGCAUUUUUUCCAAUUGCGUCAAUUUCAGUCACUACAUAUUCCUUUCUCCCUCAGCUUGCUCUCCUCAACGGACUCAGUAUCUUCCCCAAUGUCUCUGAACCAUGUUUUAUCCUUUACACGUUCUUGUUUCUUGGAGCAUACGGGCAAGAUUUCUUGGAGUACACGGUUGCUGGUGGGGGGACAGUACGUAGGUGGUGGAGUGAUCAGAGGAUUUGGAUGGUGAAGGGACUUUCGUGUUCCUUGUUUGGGUUAAUCGAGUUCUCGCUUAAAUCGAUCGGGAUUCAGACUCAAGGUUUCAACGUGACCAGCAAGGUAGUCGACGAGGAGCAAAGAAAACGAUACGAGCAAGGGUUGUUCGAGUUCGGAGUGCCGUCAGCCAUGUUUGUGACAAUAACCAUGGCUGCAAUAAUCAACUUAUGCUCAUUCGUUUAUGGACUCGUGCAUUUGGUCAGUGGCAAGGAAGGGUGUUUUAUGCAAUUGGUGUUAUCAGGUUUGAUUGUGCUGAAUUGCCUUCCAAUUUAUGAAGCCAUGGUGUUGAGGACCGACAAAGGGAAAAUGCCUGUUAGAAUUUCCAUUACUGCAACAAUUAUGGCAUUGGCUGUUUAUUCGAUAGCUUCUCUCAUUCUCAAGUGAUAUGUGCUAGUUAUUUUUUGUAUUUAAGAUACUACUCUAUUGAGUCCUU